UUAGAAGAAAAAUCCAUGAAAGCAGGAAUUGCGAGCUAAGUCUCCCAUUCUGGAAGUCUGAGCAGUGUCAUCUGUGUGGACAGUGGAAAAUUAUUGAAUGAAUGAAGGGUGAGAAAGAAAGAGAAAGUGAAGGAAAGAGAAGGAAAAUGUUCAGGCUGCACAGGCACAAGCCUGACAAAUCUGGCCACAGAUUCCAUUUCAACUUCUCCGGCUUUCAGGCUCUCCAGGUCCCUAAAGGAUGGGACAAGCUUUGUGUUUCUAUUGUCUCUGUGGAAACAGGGAGAACAACCACCAAGACAGGGAAAUCAUCUGUACGGACUGGGAACUGUCGAUGGACAGAAACUUUGUCCGAUUCUAUUUGGAUUCCACAAGAUGAUGCUUCAAAAGAGGUGGAACAGUGCCUCUUUAAGCUCGUUGUUGCCAUGGGAUCAUCCAGGUCUGGGAUUCUUGGAGAGGCUACAGUUAAUCUGGCCAGUUCCAUGAGUUCAAAAGAUUCUUUUCUUCUUUCGUUACCAUUGGAGAAAUGCCAUCAUGGAACAAUUUUACAGGUUAAAAUUCAGUGCCUAACACCAAGAACAACACUCAGGGACGAGCAAUGGCAAAAUACAAAUUCACAUAUGGAAGAUUCAUCUGCCGAGUAUGAUGAUCUAGAAAACAUAUCAGAUGUGUCUGACAGUACAUUCACCAGGAGCAUUGGAUCUUCCUCUAGUAACCAAUUUGACAGUACAUAUCAUCCAGGAGAAACUGGUGGUAAAGACACAAGUCGCUCAGCAUCAGGUUCACAUCGCAGCUUUGACUCUAUGGAGGGUUCCCUAGGGAGAGAAAACUUAUCCCCUCAAAAUCCCUUUACUGGGGUAAUGAACGAUUUGAUUGGAAAACAAGAUUCAACAAACUCCAAUAGCAGUUCACUUUUUGGCUCUUAUCCUGCUAAUGAUAUUUCUAGAUCAAAUCGCUCAUCUUUUAAUUCAAAGGUCUCAAAUUCAGGAAGCCAUCUUCAAAAUCAGAGAGAUGAUUUUGGACGAGUUUCACAUGCUAUUGCCACAUCACCAUUACGCAAUGCUGGUUCUUGUAAAGACCUGGAAGCUGCAGAAGGUACAUUUGAGGAACUUCGAGCAGAAGCUAGGAUGUGGGAGCAAAAUGCUCGGAAACUAAUGCAUGACCUAGAGAUGUUGAGGAAGGAAUUCUCCAACCAAUCCAAAAACCAGGCAGAUCUGGAUAUGGAGCUUGCUGCAUCACAUACAGAAUGCAAUAGGCUGAGGCAGGAAAUUGAACAACUGAAUUUUUUGUUGGAAGAAUUGACUGUAAGACAAAAGGAUACUGAGAAUUUGAAGCUUCAAGCCCAAAAUAUGAAUAAUAUUCAGCGGGAACUGGAAGAUGAGAUAAAGUUUCAAAAGGAAUCAAAUGCUAAUUUAACCAUACAGCUAAAUAAGGCCCAAGAAUCAAACAUUGAGCUUGUUUCAGUUCUUCAGGAAAUGGAGGAGAUGAUAGAGAAACAGCAAAUGGAGAUAACUGACCUUUCAAUGCUGAAAUCAAAAUUUGAUGUAGACGAGUGUAGCCUUGGGCAUGAAGACUGGGGGAAAGUAAGUUCAAGAGGGGAUACUUUAGCCAAGAGAAAGGCCUCUUGUGAUUCAGAUCUGGCUGGUAGUGCUGUUGAGCACCCAAUAACCGAUUUGCAUGCAGAGUUUGAACCAGAGGACACAAGUACCUUAGAACUCCAGCUAGAACAGUUACUUGAAUCGCAAAAGAAUUUGGAAAGUUCCAUUCAUUAUCUGCAAAAUACUCUGGAGGAAAAAAACCAUGAGAUAGAAAUUGAACGAGAUCUUAAAGCUCAAGCUCUGUUGGAUUGUCAGGAAGAAUGGAAGUGUAAAUUAGCUGCAAAAGAGGAAGAUAUCAUCAGUUUGGAAACAAAGCUAUCAGAAGCUAUCCAUGCUCUAAAUGUGAAGGAAACUGGGCCUCAAAAUGGAGGAGAUCACAAUCUAAUCAAAGAAAUCGAAGCUCUAAAAGUCAAGGUACAGGAGCUCGAGAGAGAUUGCGUUGAGCUUACAGAUGAAAACCUAUCGCUUCAUUUCAAGAUCAAAGAAUCAAGCAAGGAUCUUAUGACAUAUGCUGCCUCAUUUAAGUCUUUAUCCAGUGAGUUUGUGGGUAAUGGUUCACCCCAUACCUCUGUAUCUGAAGUGACUAAAUUGAAAUCCCAAAUUGACCAGCUUGAAGAAGAGCUGAAGCAGAAGGAAAUCCUUGUUGAAGAAGUCACUGCCAACAACUUCCAGUUGCAAUGUACAGAUCUUAAUAAUAAGUGUACAGACUUGGAACUGCAGCUGCAAAUUUUCAAGGAUAAAGCUUGCCACCUUGAUAGUGAACUCUACAAUUGUCAUACCAAAGCAGAAGAGCAGGAAAUUGAGAUUGCUGCACUGCAACAACAGUUGAAGUUUUACCAAGAAGAAACUGAGACUAAAACCCAUCUUGCAGAUGUCUCCAUAAGUCUUGAAAAUUCUGAAUCACAUGCUGCCAUUGAAAGAUCUAGAAUCCUUUCUGAAUUAUGUGAACAGCUUCAACUUUCUUUAGCCAACAUCAAGAAGCAACAGUAUACUCUUUAUUCACCUGAAAAUACUGAAUGUAAAUAUGGUGUCUGUAGUCCAGAGUUUUUGAAAAAUACAGAGCUGAUCACUCAGAAAGCACAGGUUGAGUCUAUUUUGAACAAUUUAAUCCAGCUGAACAAAUUGUUUGAAGCAAAAACUACUGAGUCUGAAGACGAACUCCAAAGUAGAGAAGGGAUCAGAGCAAGAAACACAAAUGAUAAUCUAGUCCAAGAUGAACUGGUGUGUAAUGAUUUGAAGGAAAAUGAUCUUCCUUUCUCUUGUCAAGGUUCAAGCAGUUUAAAUAUAGAACUGGAAUCUGAAUUUACAGAUCUGAGCAAGGAAUUGUUGGUGAAGAUUUGUGAGAUAGACGAGCUUAAGGCCAAUCAUUUGCUGAAGGAAGAAGAGAUUGUGGCUGUAAGGCAUUGCCAGAGGGACUUGGAAACUCAAAUUUCUAAUCUUCAAGCUGAAAAACGUCAGUUGGAGGAAAAUAUGGAAAUUAUGCAAAGAGAAAGUAGUGUCACCUCUAAAUGCCUGGAUGAUUUGAGGAAUGAUAUGGUGUUGCUUAAUACUAGUAUGGAAUCCCAGGUUUCAUCAAACAAGAUCCUUGAAAGGAAAUCACUAGAGCUAGAAAGCAGCAAAGACGAGCUAGAGCUCCACUUGUCUGAAUUAGAAGAAGAAAAUGUACAGUUAUCAGAACGGAUAUCUGGCUUGGAAGCUCAAUUGAGAUAUUUCACUGAUGAGAGGGAGUCAGGUCGUUUGAUAUUACAAAAUUCAGAAUCUCAUGCCAAGAAUCUUCAGGAUGAGAUUAGAAGAUUGGAAACUGAAAUGCAAGCACAAAAAGUUGACAUGAAACAAAAGUUGCAGGACAUGCAAAAGAGGUGGUUGGAAUCUCAAGAAGAGUGCGAGUAUCUGAAGCAAGCAAAUCCCAAGUUACAGGCUACAGCUGAAAGUCUCAUUGAAGAAUGUAGUUCACUUCAGAAGUCUAAUGGAGAGCUCAGGAAGCAAAAGUUGGAAAUGCAUGAGCGGUGUACUGUCCUGGAAGCCAAAUUGAGGGAAUCACAAGAAUACUUCUUGUACUGCUCAAGAAAAAUUGAAGAUUUAGAAGAAACUUUAUCUUCAACACUGGAAGAAAUUUCAGUGAAAGAGAAAACUCUAAAUACAGAACUAGAGACACUUGUUCAAGAAAACAGAAAUCAUAAAGAAAAUCUUGCUGUGGAAGAGAAUCUUCUAAAUCAGAUGUACUUGGAGAAGACUGUUGAAGUUGAGGAUCUUAAAAGAGAGAUAGCACACCUCAGUGAACAGAUAUCUGCAACCCAAGAUGAGAGGGAACAAACAGCUUCAGAAGCAGUACUUGAAGUGUCUUGUUUACGGGCAGAUAAGGCUAAGCUGGAAGCUGCUCUUCAAGAAGUCAAAGAAAAAUUUACUAAUUCUGAGAACAAGCUGAAUACUGUCCGGGUAGAAUCUGAAACAAAGCUCAUGGGGCUUGUGAGUGAGCUAGCUGCUACGAGGCAGAACCAGGAAGUUUUGGCAGCUGACCAUGCAAAGCUACUGGGGUUAUUGGCAGAAGUGAAAUCUAAUGAAGAGAAACUUAAAAGCACCAUUAACAGGCUUGGCUUGAAGCUUAAAACUUCUGAAUAUGAAAUGCAGCAACAAACAGAAGAAAUUUCCAGCCUCAAGAUGCAAUUGCAGAAAACAGCACUGCUUCAAGACGAGGUUCUGGCCCUUAAGAGAUCACUCAAUGAGGCCAAAUUUGAAAAUGAAAGACUGGAGGCAUCACUUCAGCUACAAUCUGCAGAUUAUGAAGAUUUGAAGGCUGAGAAAAUCUCAUUUAUUCAGAAAAUCUCUAGCAUGCAAAAAGCUGUAUCUGAAUUAGAGGACUGCAAGAGUAGUAAAGUUGCCCUCGAGGAAAAGAUUUUGCGGCUGGAGGGAGAUUUAACUGCAAGAGAAGCGUUAUGUGCACGAGACGCGGAGAUGAAAAAUGAGCUUGGCCGGAUUAAGAGAACUAAUAGCCAAUUUCGGUGGAAGAUAAAAUACCUUGAGGAGGACAAAGAGGAGUGCCUAAACAGAACACAAGCCCUUGAAGAGGAACUGAAAAAGAAAAAAGAAGUAAAUCAGGAUCAAAGUGAGUCCAGCGCUAGAAAUUUUCCUGUUUCUCCUGAAUCCAAUUCCCUGGGUACUCCUACCAAUGACAAGUUGAACCCCUUGGAGGUUGAUAAUUAUUGUAGCGGAAGUUCUCAUGUUAUAGAAGAUCCCAUGCCAAAGAUACAGCUUCUAGAGAAUCGACUGUCUGAGGCUCUGGAGACAAAUGAAAUGUAUAGAGUCCAGCUUAAGAGUUUGUUGUCGGGGGAACAAAGCAAUCAUUCAUAUGCGGACAAGAAAGUGAGAGAUGAAGGAGGAGUAAAGAAAGAAGGAUACAAGGACAAGGUAUCAUCCCUGGAAGCAGAGUUGAGAGAGAUUCAAGAGCGGUACUCCCAAAUGAGCCUGAAAUAUGCUGAGGUAGAAGCAGAGCGGGAGGAACUGGUGAUGAAGCUCAAGACUGUCAACAGUAGGAGUUGGUUUUAAUAAAUCCAGAGGGGCCGUGAGUUUUCCUUUUUCCUGGUUUCCCCCACCCACAUUCUUUCCUACUAAUUUUUAUUUUCUUAAAUCAAUUGCUCAAAUUCAUGUUGAACUAAUUAACAUAAUGUAUACUAUCCUGAGGGAAUAAAAGCCACUGAGGCUCCUCGUGACAAUAAAAUUUCAGUUCUUCCGAGAA